AUGCCGGUGACUGACCCACAAGCUGAAAAGAUUUCCAGCUUUUUUUUUUUUUUCUUUUCUCAUGCAGGCACAUGGAAUGGCACCACGAAAGUGGCCAUCAAGACCCUGAAGCCCGGCACGAUGUCUCCAGAGGCCUUCCUGCAGGAAGCGCAGAUCAUGAAGAAGCUGCGACACGACAAACUUGUGCCUUUGUAUGCCGUGGUGUCCGAGGAGCCCAUCUACAUCGUGACAGAGUUCAUGGGCAAAGGUAGUCUGCUGGACUUCCUGAAGGAGGGCGACGGCAAGUACCUCAAGCUACCUCAGCUGGUGGACAUGGCCUCACAGAUCGCAGACGGCAUGGCCUUCAUCGAGAGGAUGAACUACAUCCACCGAGACCUGAGAGCGGCCAACAUCCUGGUGGCUGACAACCUGGUGUGUAAGAUCGCGGACUUCGGCCUGGCCCGGCUCAUCGAGGACAACGAGUACACAGCCAGACAAGGUGCCAAGUUUCCCAUCAAGUGGACGGCCCCAGAAGCUGCGCUGUACGGCCGCUUCACCAUCAAGUCCGACGUCUGGUCGUUUGGUAUACUACUGACGGAGCUGGUGACCAAGGGCCGAGUGCCGUACCCCGGGAUGGUGAAUCGGGAGGUGCUGGAGCAGGUGGAGCGCGGGUACCGGAUGCCCUGCCCCCAGGGCUGCCCCGAGUCCCUCCACGACAUGAUGCGCCACUGCUGGAAGAAGGAGGCGGACGAGCGGCCCACCUUCGAGUACAUCCAGUCCUUCCUGGAAGACUACUUCACGGCCACGGAGCCGCAGUACCAGCCCGGAGACAACCUGUAGGCCCGGAUCAGGACCGGAGCCCUGAACCAGGGGAACACACCACCACACACUCUGCCUUCAGCGGGACUCGUGUGAGCCGGCCACAACACUGUGAUCAACCAGAGAGAGGUGGAGAGUCCAGCUCCUCGCACAUGCACACCUUGUUUCUUUAAGUAUUGAUUCCUCGACAGUUUCUCCAGUGAUUUUUGCGUCCCAGCAGGAGUCUUUACUGUCGGUCGUUCUGUGUUCGAGUGAGGUCUGGACGGGGAGGUUGCUGAGUGUGUUUUGGAGUGACCAAGGUCUUGUGGGUAGGAUGAAGAGUGUGUGAUCUGAGUGAGGACCAUGGGAGGCUGCUGGACGCCGCCGACAUGUCUGGAUAAGAAAAGUAUUUCUGGCAGGUAGAUGAUUGAGGAAUACAGUUCUUUUUGUAUGGAUCUUUGUAGCUCUCUUAAGUGUUUUGAUGCUUUUAGUUUGUUCUCUUUAAAUCAGAGACUUAAAAUCUUACAGACAUUUUCAUUUUUUCCUCGUUUCACACUUUAUGUUUGAUAAUGGACAUUUCAUUGUGAGGCUUAACAUUUGUUUCGCAGCUCAGAUCACUGCAGAAUGAUCUUUUAUUUCACACAGAUUGAUGGAUGGAUGGAUGGAUGGAUGAUAUUUUAUGAUUGGAUGGAUGAUGGAUGACUGGAUAAAGAAUGGAUGGUGGAUGCAUGGCGGAUGCUCUGUGGCGUGAGGCUCUGGAAGCAGCUGUACAGAUGUUUGAAAGAGCAGCUGGUCUGGUUGCUCAGAGACCAGAUGGAUUCUCAGGACAUGCCUAUGGUGGCCCGGAAGGGCCACAGUCACAACACUACAGCAGAAGACCCAGCACUACAGCAAAAAGACACACAGUCAGUCAGUCUGUCUCAGUCUGUCUCAGUCAGUCAGUCUGUCUCAGUCUGUCUCAGUCUGUCUCAGUCUGUCUCAGUCAGUCAGUCUGUCUCAGUCUGUCUCAGUCAG